UCAUUUACUUGAAUCUGUUGUUAACAAUUUUAUUAUUGUGCAUUUAUUCUAAUUAUUUUGAUGAUACCUUUUAUGCGCGUGUGUCUACAUACAUAAAAAUACAUACAAAACAUAAUUUAAUAAACAACUACCAUCUAUACUUACCUACAAUGACGUAACCUUACAAAUGUUAACCUUUCAUGGCAGAACUGCAACAUGUGAGAUAACAAAAACAUUCCUGUCAAAAAUCUAAAUAUUAUUUCAUACUUCCAUCAUAGUUGAUGGGUCAUUAUUAUUCAACAUUCAAUGAAGUGCAAUUCAGCACACAUAAUGAACAAAAAUUAUCUAUAUUUCCAGUGUGAUGUGAUAAAAUUUAGUUAUGAGCAUCAUUUCUGAUGAUUUUUAAUCUUGAAUUAAAUUACGACAACCAAUAGAAUUAAAUAAGCUAUUUAAAUGAAUGCAGUUGUUUCUUGUUAAUUAUUACUUUUGUGAUGUUUUAUUUAGAAUAUUUAUCAGUAAAUAAACAGAGAAUGUGAAUUAUAAUACUCGAACCUCAAAUAAAUGAAUCAUGGAGACUGGAAAGUCUGCACGUGUAAAUUACGCACAUUCAACUGAUGAAGCAUCAGAGUUUGUCUAUGAAAAUCGAGGAAAGCUUCAUGGAGAGUACAAAGGACUGGAAGAAACGACUGUUUUAUUAGCUACUGAAUCAAAAGGAGGACUGUCUAAUCCUAGAGCACUAUUAUUUUUAGCAUUAUGGUAUAUUUUUAGUGGAUGUACUUUAUUUCUUAAUAAAUACAUUCUAUCUUACAUGGAAGGAGAUCCAACAAUUUUAGGUGCAUUUCAAAUGACUACGACUGCAAUAUGUGGGUUUAUUCAAAUGUAUUUUCCCUGUGGAAUGUAUAAAUCAAGUCCACGAAUGAUAAAACCUGCAGGAUUUUAUAGGCAUAUGAUAUUAGUCGGAUGCACUAGAUUUACAACAGUGGUACUUGGAUUAAUUGCGCUCAAUUAUGUUGCUGUCAGUUUUACAGAGACUAUAAAAAGUAGUGCUCCCCUAUUUACUGUUCUUAUAAGCAGAUAUUUAUUAGGAGAACGCACAGGUCUUUACGUUAACUUGUCAUUGAUCCCAGUGAUGGGAGGUCUUGCUCUCUGCUCUGUCAAUGAAAUAAGUUUUGAUUUUAAAGGAUUCAUUGCUGCAAUGGCAACUAAUUUAACUGAAUGUUUACAAAAUGUUUAUUCAAAAAUGUUAAUUAGUGGUGAUAAUUUUAAAUAUACGCCUGCGGAAUUGCAGUUUUAUACUAGUUUAGCAUCAAUAGUCGUACAAAUUCCUGUAUCAUUAGUUUUUGUGGACCUACACACUUUACAACAUUCCUUUAGCAUAAAACCAUUAUUAGCAUUUUUAUUAAAUGGAAUUUUUUUUCAUUUUCAAAGUAUUACAGCUUAUGUACUUAUGGAUUACAUCAGUCCUGUGACCCACAGUGUGGCCAAUACAGCCAAAAGAGCUUUUCUCAUUUGGCUCUCUGUGAUACUAUUUGAUAACCCGGUCACAGGUUUAUCUGCUUUAGGAACGUGUACAGUUAUUGCUGGUGUUCUGCUGUACAAUCGUGCUCAAGAAUACGACAAAGCUAAAAUGGAUAAAAUGCGAUUUAAUUCCAAAAUAAAUGUACAUUAAAGUAAAUAGUAUGAAUACUCAAAUAAAAUUUAAUUUUUGGGUAUUUAACUAAAUGAAUUUUUAUUAUUUCUAUGUAAAUACAUGUAAUAAAGUUUUAUUGCUCGAAAUAGCAUUAUUAGUUUUAACAGUUCACAUUACAUUGAAUUUUUAUUCAAAAGCUUUUUGUUUUAAAAUAAUAUGAACAUAAAAUAUGGAUUAAAGCUUACUUUCAGACAAAUAGAUACUAGUGUCUUUUAUAAUGUUUUUGUAAAAUUUUUCCACAAAAUACUAGUCAAAUAUAAAAAUUAUUGGCACCAUAUUGGUCAGCUUUUAAUACUCAUGAUUAUUUUUAAAUAUUUUGUU